CCAACAACAACUACCCUCCCACGCAUAUCUACCCCUCCCACACCCUUUGAAUGCAACCCUCACCCCCUUCCUCUUCUGCUUUAUAUUCUCUAAUCUCUUUCACCUCUAACCCACACCAGGUUUUUUUUUUUUAAAAAUUCAGCUGAUCUACUUUCUAUUCAGUAGUAUAUGCAAACUAAAUUAGCUUGGCUUCUCUCCAACAGAAAUGGCACCCGCUUCCUUCCAUCACGAGAAAGUUUGCGUGAUGGACGCCUCCGGUCGCCUGGGCUCUACCCUGGUUGAACGCUUGCUGGAAAGAGGCUACAUUGUCCAUGCUGCUGUUCAAGGCCAUGUUGAUGAUUUGAAACUGAAUGGGGUAGCUACUGAAAGGGAAAAGAAGCUCAAGAUUUUCCAUGCAGACCCUUUCGAUUAUCAGAGCAUUACCGACGCCCUGAAAGGCUGCUCUGGUUUGUUUUACGCCUUUGAGCCCCCACAAGACCACCCUGCCUAUGAUGAAUAUAUGGUAGAAGUGGAGGUACGAGCAGCACAUAAUGUGGUAGAGGCAUGCGCUCGGACGGAGACAAUAGACAAGGUGGUCUUCACAUCCUCCGCCACUGCUGUUCUUUGGAGAGACAACAACUCCCAAUCGCUUGCUUCCGAUUUGGAUGAACGCCAUUGGAGCGACGUCAAUUUCUGCCGCAAAUUCAAGUUAUGGCAUGCGCUGUCAAAGACGGUGGCAGAGAAGACAGCAUGGGCGUUAGCAAUGGAUAGGGACAUUAACAUGGUUUCAAUCAACGGUGGAUUGUUGAUGGAGCCUCAUCUUUCCAUCACCCACCCUUACUUGAAAGGAGCCGCUGAGAUGUACGAGUGUGGGACGUUCGUCACAGUCGAUCUUCAGUUCUUGGUGGAUGCUCACAUCUGCGUCUUUGAAGAUGUUUCAUCCUACGGUCGAUAUCUAUGCUUCAAUCACGCCAUUACUAACCAUGAAGAUGCUAUUCACCUCGCCCGUUUGCUUACACCUUAUUCUCCGUCCCCUCCUCCCAGUUAUGAAGAAGCUAACAUGAUCAUCCAACAAAGAUUAAGCAACAAGAAAUUGAACAAAGUGAUGGUGGAUUUUGAGAGUGAGCUGCUUUUGGAGGAUUGAUCCAUUCAGGCUGAGGGGGGAGGUCAUUAUGAAACAACAGCAGAAAGAAAAUCAAUUAGUUUUUCUUUCCUUCCUUCCUCAUCCAGAAGCAAAAUUAUUUAUAGUUUGUCUUAUAAUUAAUGGGAAUUGCAAACUAUUUUAUCCCUCAACAAUAUGCCCCCUUGCAAGGGAUGUCCCAAGUUUUGGGCUUUGCUGUAGCUCUAAAGCUGGAUGAUAUUUACUGCUUAAUAUUCCUAUUUCCUAUUGUUUCUUUUUCCGUGUGCUCAUCCGAAGUGAAAUAAUUCCACUUUCAGUUUA